UCAAAAGUAAGAUAAUUUAAUAGAAAAUUACGAGUUAGUACGCGUAUUAAGUACUCGGUGUACACCAGUGUACAUCGGUGUACACUGGUGUGCACCGGUAGAAUUUGUAUCCUUGACGCUCGAUUGCCGCACACACGCGAAGCCGCGCUCGUACGUGUUUCCCAAAUUAAUCGAAUUAAAAUUAUUUUCUACAGAUUAUUUUAAUAAGUAAUUGUUUAAAGAGAUUUACAAGUUUCAUUAAUUAAUUAAAAUUAGGCCUCGACAUAAAGUAACAGUUUUAUGAAUUGAAGCUGUAUUGCCGUGAUGACAUAAUUUUAAUUUAUUAUUAAAAAUCGUAAUUCUAUUUACAUUAUUUUUUAAACAAAUUUUUGUAUCCGAGCAAAUUUCUUUGUGUAAUUAAAAAUUAAAACAGCCCGCGACCAACUGUGGUAUCCCGUAUACCGCCCGUAUAGGCGCAUAGCAAGGGACACAGAGUUUUUCCAGCAUGUCGAUUCGUGUCUUCUCUCUCGAUCCAGCGUCGAGUGAGGAAAAUGCUAUUGAAACGCCUCCCACUAUUUUCUGCCCGCAUCCCGACCUCCGACCACUGAACUCAAUACAUAUAGGAAAAAGUCGUCCUAUAGAAAUCGUGUGUAAAAGGCCAGUCAGAGAGAGAGGUUACCAUUAUGUUGGCUGUCUCUUUUCUUCUUAAGCUCUUGAAACCCGCCAUUUUUAAUAUUACAAUCAUAUCUAAAAGUUAGUCAAACCUCCUAAAGUAUGUCUCUGAAUCGUUCUCUGAAUUCAUCAGUCAGUAUACUUUUGUAAUACGAUGCUUGUACCGCUAAAAAAGGAGACCUACGACAGAAAGAGCAAUUAACAUAAUGUAAUCCUUUCUCUCUGACCGCUUUUUUCAAGCCACGGCUCUGUAUGUAUUGAGUUCAGUGCCUCCGACACGCUGCAAAGAAACACGUAUGUACAUGCGCGGCUUUGUGUGUGUGCGGCAGCCGAGCGUCAGUGCGGAGAGACACUAUUUCUGCCGGUGCGUGUAAACUAGGCCAAUAAUGACAACGAAACUAUCAAGAGACCAACUCGGAAAAGUCGCGAUAACCAAUUCAGCGACUUCUUUUGAGAAGUGUUCGGGAUGACAACUUUACUGUUAAUAAUACGAUGCACUACGUGACCAAUGAUUCUGCAAAAUUUGCGUUUUCAUACAAAAAAGCUACAUGCUAUGUGCUAUUAAUAAUGAUGUUAAAGUGUUUGUAAAACGUAACUGACUUGUGCAUUUAUAAAGCAUUACUCACUGGAUGCGAGGAUGAUCUUUAUGACAAUAACAGUUACAUGAAUAUGUUGCGUGUCCUACACGAAAAGGGCCUACACUGGCAUGAAUAGUGUAAAGCAUACAUAAGAAAAAUAUGUGGAAUAAAAUUUUCCUAAUUGCCUGUAGAUGCAACUGGUAUAGACGUUUGUGAUUACAUUAUUAAGAAUUGUGUCGCUGUUCAUCUUGACAAACCUGCUAAUAAAUUCAAUUUACUUGUAUUUACGAGUUAUGAUCAAAAAAUUGUUUGUCCUCAUAAAUCAAAAAUGCGCCGUUGAGGGUAUGGACUCUAUGAUGAAGAAAGAAUAUUUAAUGGGCGGGCACUUGUGUCUAGAGGUUCUCAAAGAAAAACUGUGUUCAGAGCUGGUUGGGGUGAAGCAUCAUAUUUUGAAGCGUGCCAAGAGUGUUAGUAAUGGAUACACCUUAAGAGUGCAGAGAAGAACGGUAACGGUAACGAGUUACUUUUAUAAAGUAACUUUGCCAACCCUGAAAAUAUCAAUAGAAUGCGUCAAGAGUCAUUUUCGUGCGAUACACACAGGUGCAUUCUUUCAAGAAAUGAGAACAACUGAAGCUAGACAAUUGUUGCCUGAUGCAUGAGGAAAAUAUUGCAAGCGUUACUAGUCUAAUAGUAUCUAUAGCCAAAGAUAUUCUAUUACCGUUCUCGAAACUUGCAAAAGACGUUCAAACGUUAGAUGCUAAUUUAGAUCCCAAAAAGCUAAAGACGAGCGACAUAAUUUAUUGGAGCAAAAUUUAUUGGAGCAUCGUAUGAAAGAGCAUUGUAAACUUCAGGAAAGAUGGGCAUCUUGUCAAUCUAAACUUGUUGCUUUAUAAAACUUAUCCAAACAAUCAGCUUUCUGAACACGAUUCGUCAUUAAAUGCUUAUUAAUGAUUAUGUAUGAAAGCAAUGGCGGCAAAUCCCAAUUUUAAAUUAACACAAACUUUAUUCAAGGAGGCUAUUACUGAAGUAUUGAGAUCGUCAAAGCAACGACUUUGAAACCGGCAAGAUGCAAGUUGAAAAUAAUGCUGAGAAUAGCAGUGAUAAUAAUGAUUAAACUGAACCCAGCACCCGUAAACAUGGAAUGAGAUAAAUACAGGUUGGCAAUACUCAGUUUUAACUAGUUACAACCGUUUUCACCGGGUGCAAUUUGCUGCCACUCCACUAGAACUUGUGGAUUGCAUUGAGAAUAAACUGAGCUCAAUCCGACAUGUUUCCAUCGACUUCAAUUUGGUUCUACACCGGAUUGGAUACGGAUUAAUGUUUCGGUGGAAACUAGACCAUUGUAAGAUAACAUUUUUGGAACUCACAGAUUCAUUGGUUCUGGUGCAUUACAAGGUUUUGAUCAAGCGGAUCGUGCGAAGUACUUACAAUUUGUUACUAGUACGUCCAAAGUGCCGUUACAAGAUUUCGCCGCGUUAGAAUGGCAUACAAAAAUUCCAAAUUCAAAGAAGGAAAGUCAGCAGACAAGCUUCCAUCUGCACAAGCUUGUUUCAAUUCACUGGAUCUGCCAGUGCACGAAAUAUAUGAUAAAUUCCGUACAAAUCUAUUCAAGGCGAUUCAUGAAUGCAGCGAAGGGUUUGGGGUAAAAGUGCACAUUAGGGGAGCAGCCUCUGACGACCUUGACUUUGACAUAUGUUAUCAAUGGAAAGAUUUGCAUCGCACCGGUAGGAUAUACGCGUAUUCAACCGGAAAUUAAUAUAUGACAAUAGAAAAGUAAUAGUUUGGUUAGAUACAUCUUGUAACCUAAAGCUUGAAUUGCGCGUUGUUUCUUAAGACAGUAUAAGAAAAAAAAAAUAAUCUAGAGUGGUACCUACUGUGAGCUGUAUAGAAAUAUUCGUUGUGUAUCUGGCAAUAAUCUAUGUUCUUCAGAGAAAUGCGAUAGUAACCGCGGACACGCUGACUGCGCACGAUCAUUAAUCUCCUGUAUGUGAAGUGUGAAGUGAGGAGCGCAAUGUAUAACGAUACCAGCGAUAAGUACGAGCUACCAGAAGUAGUCAAUUUAGAUACUGCAUCUUGUAGUAAUGCACAAGGCUUUAUUUUUCCAUCGAAGCUUUCAUCUUCAUACCUUUGCAAUGAUAGUCAACUCCAACGACCCCAACCCACAACAUGCAUACUAUUAGAGGAUGCAAGUAUCUCAAGUAGUGAUAGUAGUGAGUUGACCGAAAAAAAUGUACAAGUUAGUAAUGAGAACAGUGAAUCGAAUUUGAAAAGGUACUUGCAAGAAACCAGCGAAGGUAAAAUUAUAUUAUCUGCAUACUAUAAUAACAAUAAAACCCUUAAUUCUGUACUGCGUUCUCGAUUAGUACGACUCAUUAUCAAAGGAGAGAAAGACAGAAUAUUAUCAAAAAUCUCAGUAGCAGACAAAUUAACUAAUUUUGUUAUAACAACUUCUCGGUUUCAAAAAUUAGCAGGAGACAUUGUUAAAAUAUUUAAAGGAGAGUCUUGUUACACAUAUUAUACGCCGUUUACAUGUAAGAAUGGUGUUCGUAUACAGGCAAGUGGUAAGCUCUGGGAACAUUAUAAUUAUAUAAAAGGAGAUUUAAAAAAACAAGGAAUACUCCUUCAGCGAUCAAUUUCCAAAUCCAUACAAGAGACAUAUGCACAGACUGAAAUAGAUGAAGACAAACUGCAAUGGUUAUUCCACCACACAGAACCGUGGGAGCAAGUGUGUGAAUAUUGGAAUAAUACAUAUAGGACUAGGAACAAGUUAUUAAUGCAAGACAAACUAAAUGUACUUGAAUAUUUUAAUAAGUUUCCUUGUCUUCAAUUAAGCAAAGGACAACAUCUGCUCGUAGAAGACUUUAACAGACAGUAUCCCGAAAAAGAAUCGAUAUUUCCUAAAAGGUGGAAUAUUAUUAAAAAAGUUAUUAUUGACCAACUACAGCAAUUGAAUAAACGCCUCAGUGUUUCAGAUACAGCUCUUAUAUCUAUUUUACCAGCAAUAUCUUCUGAUAAACAAGAUGCGGUAAUUUUUUAUUUACUUCCGAUUCUUAUCGAAUCUCGUAGAGCAGGAGGUUAUAAAAGGAAAAGAAAUACGAACUGUGAGCAGGAUAGUGAAAACAGCAUCAGAAAGUUAACGUUACAAGAAUGUAGAGAUGCGUUUAUGUUACAUGUGCAGACUGUUGCUGAUUUGGAUCGUGCUUUAUAUGAUUUGAAGAGAAGACUGCAAAGAAACAAAGAUACUUUUCAACCGACACCUCUUAUAGUUGGACCUUUAGUAAACAUCGAAUCAUCAUUCGUGAUUGUAAAUGACCAAAAGUUUAAGGUGGAUUCAUGUUUGCAAGCUAUUGAAUUAACUUUCAAGAUAUUCUUUGCUGUUGAUUGCAAGUAUCCAACAUAUGCAGAAACGUUUUGGAUAUUUUUACAAAAAUCUGGUUUCGAUAUUCACUUACAAGAGAAAUGUAACAACUCAUUAAACGUUUUGUUAGGUCGCGUUAACGCAGAAAUGGAGCGUUUAGUUGCGACAUAAUUUUUCCGAACAUAAAUAUCAUUUCAUGUGCAAUCGUUAAUAAGAUGUUUCGGUGCUAUAUUUGUAGUACAUUUUUAUGUUUCGAUAAUAAGUCGCUUCUAAAUCAUUACAAAGAAUUCCAUCCUUUAUUAAAAAUAUAUAGAUGUAACGAUAAUAAUUGCAGCAGAUCUUUUGCUAUAUUUGAUUCUUUUAAGAAACAGAUAUAACAAACAUUUAUCAGAGACUAAUAUUACAUAUAAUAACCAAACUAUAAAACAAUAUGAUCAAAACGCGGAUUUUAUAGAUGCAAUAGAUAAAGUCUUAACAGUGGGAACAAAUCAACGUAUACAACAUUAUGAAGAUAAAAAAUGUGAAAAUGUAGAGUAUAUAAUAGAUCCCAUACAAAUUAAGUCUGAUUCUGAUAUUGAAACUGAUUUAGAAGACGAUUUAUUUUUCGACAUUCCACAAAACGAUGGCCACACUAGUGAAGCGACAAACGUAAAAUUUGAGGAACAUAAAGAAAUUAUUAAUUUCACAAGUAAAUUAUACACUUAUUUAGACGUACCUCGUGUUAGGGUAAAUGAUAUUGUGAGAAGUACAGGAAAUCUCAUCGACAAUUAUUUACUUUUACUAGAAAAACAUUUAUUAAAUUAACUUGAAACUUUUAAUUUAAGUUUAGAUUCAAUAUCUGCUAUUAAAGAAGUAUUCGCAGAUUUUAGUGAUCCUUUCACGGAUUGUAAAAGCGAAUGGCGUUCUUUAAAUUGUUAAAAUGCUAUGAUACAUUUAUACUUCCUGAACAAUAUUUAAUCGGAGAAAGAGAAGAAUUCCGAGAAAAGAAUGGCGUAAAUAUUAUUCAAAGUAUUUCAGUGUAUGCACAGUUUAUUCCUCUUCGCAAAGUUUUUCAAAAAAUAUUUGAAAUCCCAAAUCUUUUUGACGAAACAUUAAGAUAUUACCAAUCGCUGAGAUCAAAUAACAAUAUUAUAGAAAAUUUUGUUCAGGGAUCUCUUUGGGAAGAGAUAAGUUCGCAUUUCAUAGGAAAGAUUGUUUAUCCUAUUUUUUUAUUUUUUGAUGAUUAUGAGAAUAAUAAUGUGUUAGGCUCUCAUAAAGGCUUAUCUAAGUGUGGCGCAGUUUAUGUAACUAUACCAUGUUUAUCUCCUUACAUGCAAUCAAAGUUAGAGAAUAUCUUUCUGUUCCUUUUAUUUAACUCACUUGAUCGACAAAUGUUUGGCAAUAGAAGUGUUUUUCAAAAAGCAAUUGACGAGUUGCAUUACCUACAAACAGAAGGUAUAACAAUUAAACAUAAAGAUGGAAACAAGCAAGUAUAUUUUGUUUUGUCUUUAGUUGUGGGAGACAAUUUGGGUGUUCAUUCUAUUUUUGGUUUCGUGGAAAGUUUCAAUGCUACAUUUUUUUGUCGAUUCUGUCUAAUUAAUAGAAAAUGUAUUUGUGAUUUCUUAGAUGAACGUAUGUGCAUUCUCCGUAAUGUAGAUAAUUAUACUUCACUUUUGGCAUUAAAGGAUGUGAGUAAAUCUGGUAUAGUUAGUCAGUGUGUGUUCAAUGAUUUAGAUUAUUUUCACGUUACAAAAAAUUUAGGUGUAGAUGUUAUGCAUGACAUUUUAGAAGGUGUAUGCAGAUACGAUUUGGCGUUAUUUCUAAAUUAUUUUAUUGCUAAGAAAUACUUAACUUUAAUAGAUGUUAAUACUAGAAUAAGAUCAUUUCGAUACAGUCACAAACAUAAUAUUAAUAAACCUGUGGAAAUCACAGAACAAAACUUAAGAAAUAAAGCAAUCAUAAUGAGUUC